AUGAGAGGGCAGAUCUUGAGCAGAUUCCGUCUCUCUCGACGUCAUCGGGUGACAACGCUGAGCAGAGCAACUCGAGUGUCUGUCCGAUGCCACACUGGCUUCGACGCUGCGGGCGGGCGCGUCGGCGUCGACGACGCUCAGGCUCGUGUCUGCGAACAGAGUCCGGCUGUCGAGUUCGCCGUCCCUGGUGCCGCGCAUCUCGCACCAUCGGUGCGGCCGGGGAAGGGCCCCGGACGCUAUAGCCAUUACUGCCGUACUGGCAGGCAGACGGCUGUGCCAGACGCGGGAGCCAAUGGAAACGUCCUGCCGUUCGGCCGCUCUCACAUGGGCGCACAUUCAAGUCGGCUUACGGCCAACCCGAAAGGCCCGCACGGGAACGUGUAUGAUGACACUAGUCCCAGUCGAAGUCCGCGAUGCAAGGGAGGCUUGCAUUGUGAUCGAUGA